AUGCAUUUAAGUGAUUAUCCUGAAGAUUGUGCUGCAGUUUAUCUCAAUGCAAUCGCAUCACAACAACACACUACUACUGGUGUCUAUGAGAUUUGGCCUAGACAAGGUUAGAACUCUCGCUUUUCUCAUCUUUUCUAUUGUUUGCAUACUGAUUAUCAUUCCCACUACUGAAAGGAGGAUUACUCACCAGGCGACUGCAUCGAAAACGAGCAGAUGUUCGUUCGUUCGCUCCUUUAUUCAUAACAUUCACACAUACAGCCAUCUGAUUAUCAAUCUCCCUAUGGAAGUACGAGGGGAAAAGACGAGGGGAGAGGCAAUUUCAUCCAACAGAGUACGGAGAUGCAGAAACUGAAGCAGAGGGACGGGGAAAAGGAAGCAUAAAUUCCAUUGCAAUCGGCAGCUUUCGGUAGAGGGCUUAAUGACGUUUACGAUACUUUACUUGUAGGUAAACCAAUGAAAGUAUGGUGUGACAUGGA